GUAUACCAAUACACAAAAAAUAUACGGAUACAACGUUCCGUAUAUACUUAUACGAUAUACUUAAUUUCCCUCGCUUUAUAGUAAGUGAAAGAGAGCGAAAGCGAGAGGGAGGGAGAUACGUAUUCGUAAUUCCGUAUGUCUAACAGUAGAAUCGCGCGUAAUGGUGCCCUCGAGGCUACUGCAUGAGAGAGAGAGAGAGAGAGAUAGAGAGAGAGAGAGCUUCUCCUUAUAGCAUUCGCAGCAAGAAAAGGUUCCCUUCCUUCUCUUCCCUCCUUUUGUAACGGUCUUACCUUCAAACCCUUCGAAAAACCCCUUCCUUCCCUAUUCUUCUCUUACAAACCCUAGUCUCUCCCUUCUCUUCUAUACCUGAGUUCCGUGCCCUAAAUCGCUCCGAUUCGACUCGCCCCGACUCGUUCCCCCAGCUUCAUCCUUCCCUCUUUUCCUCAAUCCCUUCAAAUUCAACCUCCCUCCAGCGAUUCCCCUCUGGUUUUCGAACGCAUCCUCCUCCGAAUUUGAAAUACGAGCCGUUUUCAAACGGUUCGAGCUAGGGCACGCAAAAUUUCACGCUUCAAACUAUUAGGGUUAGGUCUGUCGUCUGCUUCGAGCGUUUGGAAAUCUUGUAGUCUCGAUUGAAUCCGUUCUUCACCUCGGGCUGCUUCUUUAUCUCCCUCUGUUUCAAAUUUAGGGUUUUUUUUUACUACUAGAACUCCCCCACUUCCUUCGAAUUCGAGCUUUUCUACUUCCUUCUGUAAUUUCUAGGGUUUUCUUAUUGUUUUGAGCUUCAAUUCACUAUGUUUUGAGUAAUCAUGGCCUGCAUGGCCAAGUUGACGUGUUUGAGUUAGGUUUCUGCUAUGGCAGUAUUGCUUUUACAGUUUUUCAAUCGGAGGUUAGUGUCCUAGGGUGGAUUUCGAGCUUGGAAUUGGUGAAAUUGGAUGAGUUGUGCUGGUUUUUGAAUUGCAUUGUGUAAUACUUGAGGAAAUGCCAAGGAGAUUUGGUUUGCUUGCAUGAAAUUGUAAUGGGGGUGGCAUGACUGCUGAGAAAGCUCUGUUCUUUUCGGACGGGAGAUGAGCGGACAUGAGUAGGCUGUCAAUCCGGCCUCGUCCUCUCGACAUUCAUAAGAAGCUUCCGAUUGUUAAAUCAGUCAAGGACUUUGAAGAUGAUGAGGUCACGGCUUCUACCCGUAACUCCCAGAUACUACGCAUCGCUGCUGAGGCCGACAAUGAGGUGCAUCAUGUCCCUACUAAGAAAAGUGCUAAUGAGAUACCUAUUCCACAAUUUGUUGUUGUGGAUACAUAUGAAAGAGAUUAUUCAAGAACAUUCGGGCAACCUACAUCAUAUUUACGCGGAAGGGGAGCCAGGGCUGAGAUCGGAGAGUUUGUGGAGUAUGACUUGGACAACGAGGACGAGGAUUGGCUUGAGGAGUUCAACAAUGAAAGGAAGAUUAUUGCACCAGAAAAGUUUGAAAGUCUUCUAUUUAAGUUGGAAGUUUUGGAUCAUAAGACCCGAGAAAGAGCAGGAAUCAUAAUGCCUACCCUGAGUGCACCUGUGCCUGUUCUUCUUCGGCUAGAUGCUGCAUUAGAGGCCCUGCAAUCCCAAUCCAUUAGAUAUGCAGUUUUCCAGUCCGUCUUUAGCUAUUGGAAAGAAAAGCGAGAGCAGUGGCAAAAGCCUAUUUUACGUCGGUUGCAACCACCUCCACCAGUUAAUGAUACCAAUCCCUACAAUGUAUUCAGGCCUAGGGAGAAAGCCCAUCGGCUCCACACAAGAAGGAUGCAAAGGCGGGAGAACAAUGUUCAGUCCUUUGAAAAGCUUCGCCAGGUCAGGCGCAACUUGGACCAAGUAAAAACAGUAUUAGAGGCUUUGAUUAAGAGAGAAGAGAAAAAGAGAGAGGUCAUGGACAGCGAAGUUAGCCUUCAGAGGAUCCAAAUCAAGUAUAAACAUGAGACUCAGCUUGUUGAAGAUGGGUUGGUGCUGCCUGGUUUCCCGCCCUUCUCAUGCAGGUUUGGUUCAAGCGAGGAUGAUUUUGUCGACUCAGACGAUAUGACAAAUGGUCACCCACGUACUCGACCAGCCACAGCACAGAAUCCAGCUUUCCCGGACUCCAAGCUGAUGAUGGUCCCAAUGGGACGCAUGAAGCGAGAGCUGAAACGGAGACCUCUGCCUCAGGAUUGGCUUCAUAAAAAGGAUCCGGAUGAACCUGUUUUGCUGUUCACAAGACCCCUGGAUCCAGAAAGGUUGUCUGCCGCUGGCAUUGUGCAGCCAUCGGAUCCUCCGACAGAAAAUGGCGACACAACUCCACCUUUCCGUUAUCAUGGAAGGAUUGGCCGAGGAGGGCGAAUUAUCUUUGAUCGAUGUAAUCCUCUUCUUAGAAAACAAAUUGGCCACGAGAACUCUUCUCCUUAUCCCAAGCCUCCACCGCAUGGUUGAAUUAGUCAUUCCAACAUGUUUCUCCCAUGCUUCAGCUGAGGCGAAUCUAAACCUGCCGAAUCUCAUAUGAAAAUCACAACUGGGUUUUGAGAUUGAUUUGGCAGGAAGCAAGUAAAUUGGAGAGGGAGAAUGUCUUGCAACGCCUGGUUCAGGCAUUUUUAUGAAGAGGGCAGGAAGGCCCUUUCCAUGAGCAAGCAGGUGGAAAGGGAUGUAGCUCUGCAGGGGCUCCUUUGUGCAAUCCGAGCAGCUUGAACCCUCAAUUCUGAUUUGUGAUUAUCACUGCCCGGUGGAAAGGGGUGUAGCCCAUGCCGCCCUCGCCAUUGUACAAUUAUUCUCAUCUGUUCUCAAAGAAACUCGAGCAUUAUUUUCUCUA